UUCAUUGCAGUAUCUGGCAUCUUUGCAUCUUUCCGAAGCUGAUGUAUCUACUUUGUUCCAAGGCAUUCAGUUCUUGCCAUUGGAUCCACAUUCGUUUUUGAAAAUACAUUGUCUAGUCAAUUCGGUGGAAGAAGUGUUCCCGGGUAUUGUUCGUUCCAUAUUUUUCUACGACGAUUUUCUAGUGUGGAGCGGUUUGGAAAUGGAGGAUAUGCAAGUGAUGUAUCGGUAUCUGACAACAGGCCUGUUUCCUUCAGCCGGACGAGCUCACGAAGCUGCUGGCUAUUUAGGACCAGCUUUGGCAGCACCCAAAGGAUUUUUCAUGACGGGACCGAGUGAUUUGUCCAAUGCUGAUAAUCUUGGGAAGAUCCCCCGAGUCAUUGUGAGAGACAUUGGGAAAGGACCCGAUUUUCCACCCGAAGAAGACCCCGGAGGAAAAUACGGAGAGGAACAUCAGUUGAUUGUUUACCGAGCAAAAGAUACGACCAUUUGUUUCCUCUUUGAAGACUGGUUCCCGGUGAAAUACCCCGAGUGCUGGUACGAUUCCGUGACGUACGAGGCGCGGUUUUUCACUCUCGCAGCCAUUCUCGACGGCAAAAUCAUCGGUUUUAUCAUUGCGGAAGUCAAGUCUCCGUAUGCUCUCAACAAGGUCUGA